AUGCAUUUAGGUGGUAAAAUAAUUUACGUACAUAUAGAGUCUAUUUCUGCAUUCAUAUAUUUCUACAUGUAUAUUUAUACGCAGUAGUUCAUGCGUGCUUACGAUGGAACGAGAAGUUUCUUAGUGGUUGAGACCACUUUUUUUUUAGUUUUUCUAUAUUUUUAUAAAAGUUUUAACCAGAUUUUUCUACAACCAGUCGUAUCACGAAAUACAAUUCCAUAAUCGAAAUAAUGAGUUUCUUCAUAAAGCAGAAAUUUUAUAAAUUAAUCCUGUUUAUAUGGCUUACGUCUAUUCUAACCUUAUCUAUUAGCGAUGAAAUUAAAACAGAUGGUGAUAUGACUCUGAUGUUGACAUUAAAUACAAACUUUACUGAUAGAAAUUCCAAAACUGAACAUCGAACUUCUUCGCUGAUUCAAUUUAUGCCUGAAUCUGUUAAUUCUACUAAAACACGAAAUAAAAAUGCCACUCCUUUAAUUGCAGGAGAAGGUGGUCCAAUUCCAAUUGUUUCUAUUAUUAAACCAAUACCUACUGAGUCAUACAAAUACGUAACAAAUGUUGCUGAUAAUUUAAACAUACAAACUAAUUUAUUGAAAGAUGAUGACGUUUCAGAUGUAAAAGAAAAAAACAUCACUUCUAAAAUUAUAUCAAGAAAAGGAGCAAUAAAUAAUGUUUCUUCCAGUAAAAUAAUAUUAUCUGAUGAUACAAAGUCAAUAAUUAAAUCUUCAACAAUAGCAAAUAUUCAUAAUAUCGAAAAGAUUGUUAAUGAUUUAAAGUCAAAUGUUACUGAGAAGUAUAUAAGCAAUGCUUCAAGUAUUACUGUAAAUAAUAUUUUCCAUUUUACAAAUACGACGCCACAAAGAUUAUCAACUAAUGUUCCUAUAACACCAUCAUUAAUUCAAGAACAUAAACCUAAACCAACUGCAACAGUAAUAGAACCUAAUAGUGAUAAACAAGCAUUUAUACCUCGUACGAAAGGUUCCCAUUUAGGAAUGCCAAAGAAAAUUGAUUAUGUUUUGCCAGUUAUUGUUAUUCUUAUAGCCCUGCCAGUUUUGGGUGCUAUUGUUUUUAUGUUGUACAAACAAGGUAGAGAUUGUUGGGACAAAAGACAUUAUCGGCGAAUGGAUUUUCUUAUUGACGGAAUGUAUAAUGAUUAAUAUCUACAAAUAUUAUAUCAUUUAAAAAAUUAAAUUAUAAUGUUAAUUUCAUAUAUGCUAUAUAUAACAACUGAAUAUACUAUUCUGUCAUUAUAGCUGCAAUGAAGAUAUAUGUUUCAUUCACAAAUAUCUAUUUACAAUUUUUUAGUUUUAUUACAACAUUUGUAUAUAUAUUUUUUAUAUUAUAUUUUAUAUAUUAUUAUUAUUCUACUACUCUGAUAUGAGAUUCAUUAUUUUGUUAUUAUUUUCGUUUAUUAAUUGUAUGAAAUUUGAAUAUUGAUUUGUAAAUUUAGACAAAUGGUGCUUAGAAAGGUUAAUAUGGAAAUAAUAAGAAAUUUAUAAUUAUAGCAAUGACAGUUUUUUAUAAAUCUUAGAAAUGAAGUAGUUUUGAAAUAAUUUUAAUCUCAUUUUAUAAGAUAAUUAUUGAAGUGUUUAUAAUACAAGUGUAUAAGUAAGAAGAUGUAUAUUAAAAUAAUUAUUAAGAUUAGUAGUUUUAA